AUGUCCAAAUGUUGGGCUGGCCAAACGUGGCCCUUGAUGGAUUUUUUUUAUUUGUAAGAUUGAUGAGCUCACAAAAAUAACAUGCACCUGAUUCUCUCUCCUUCAUUUCAAUGGACUCCUCAUCUCUCCUCCUUUCCACCUACCCAUCUUCUCUCCUCCAUACGAAAAUCCAAUCUGCCAUACCUUCUUUCCUCCUUCAGGCAGCUCCCUCUUCUCUCCUCCAUUCCAAUCGAAGAAAUAACAACGGCAGUGGCACACAUGCGAACAACGACAGAUUUCCCCUCUCUUAUGAGGCACCAUUGAUUGCUGGAUUAGGUGAGUCAACAACCCGAUUUCCCAUCUCCCUUACCCCCUGAACCCGUUGAAUGGCACGCCGGUGGGAGAUGGCGGCGAUGCCAGAUUUCAUAUCUCUCCCAGAGGGCACCAUUGAUUGUUGGAUUAUGUGAACCAGCAACUCUCUCUCCUUCUUCACCUUUUCCCCUGCCCUUUUUGUUUCUGUUUCCAUUCUUAUCCGCUGUAAUCCAGUUAUAAUUAGGAAUUUUAUUUAUAGCUUUUCAAAGCUAUUCAUCCCAACAAUUUUGCCUUCCCUCUAGCUCAUCAAACACCACACCUUUCCUCCUCCUUCCAUAUCAUCCGCCUCUGUUUAACAAACCCUCCACCAACGUAGCCUCCUCCUUCCCCAACCCUGGGAUUGAUGAGGACUCAUGUUACUCAUAUCCAUUGUUGGCCAGAUAUAGCUCUCUGCAAAAUCGAAGGCGCCAUAGAGGAGUUGGGCCCCAUUACAGAAGUCAACUGUCGAGGGUUAGAGGAGGGGAAGGCAGAGCUCUCCAUGGACACUAAGCAUUAGUAAUCUUCUUAGAAGUAUUCAUGCUUUUAUCCUAGAUCCAUCUCAAGCUGCAAUUGAUUACCGUGAAACAAACUUAGUACAAUUGACUGGUAAUCUUACUUCUCCUUUAAAUGAUUUCUUCUAUAGAUGGGUUGUUAAUUUCCAAUGGGAUGUUAAUUAGAUAAUAAAUACUGCUGCUCUAUUAUGGGUUGGUAAUUUCGAUGGGAUUCUUAUUCUUUUCAUCAUUCCUUUUAAUUCCUUUGGUUCGCAUAAUCACUGCCUGUGCAAAGAAUUAGAGAUAUUUAAGUUUGACCUUCUCCAUGAAUUAGGAAUUGCUUGUGUUUUCCUGCUAUCCCCCCUGUUUAUUGGGUCAAUACGUGUGGCGUUAGCAUCUUAUAAUUGUAUGGUUUGUUGUUGCCUUUCCUAUUUGCCAACUCUUCCAUAUCCAGGGCAUUGGUUCCUUUCUUCAAAAUGGCCUAAAAAUCUUUUUUCUCAUAAUCAACAUCCUUGCAUCUCAGUUCAAGAUUUUGGAUAAGCCUUUCCAUGAUUUGUAGUUCAGCUAGGCCAUAGGACAUUCAUUAUAUUCUCAAGACUGUUAUGAAUUGAAUGAAUGGCAAAGAGAGUUGCAGACUGCAUAGUUGAUAUAUCAAAAGAAAUAGAUAUUCUGUAAGUCAUCUGAUGAUCACAAACUUAUGGUUAGUAUAUAUGAAGGGAAUCUAUUUCUUUUGUUCCCCAUUUCUCAAUCGUUUGCAUUAGUUUUGACAUGGUACUACUGCAGUGAUUUCUUGCUCUUUCGUAAUGGUCUCUCAGUUGGUUCAUGUUAGCUAUUAGGAUACUGUAUACCAAGUCAAGAAUAUAUGGUUCUUUAUAUGUGGACUUUGGUUUGUGAUAAUGGCUCAAGGUUGAAGUAAUAGGCAAGUCUUUUGUUGUUUUCCUUGGCUCAAAGUUUAACUCUUUUUCAUUAGGUGUCUUAUAUAUAUGCUUUUUAUAGGAUAAAUUACACGUUUGGUCACUCAAAUUAUACAAAUCUUUCACGUUUGCCACCCGAAUUACUUUUCUUUCUUAUUCGCCACUAACUUUAAGAAUCGUUUCACGAUUGGUCACCGGCCGUUACACUCCGUUAAAUUUGUCCUAUGUGGCAGUCAACUAUAAAGUUUGACCGUUAACUAGAUGACGUGAAAAUUAAAAAAAUAAAAAAUAAAUAAAUUUUCUUUCCACCUCAUCAUUGCACUUAUUUUUUCCAUUGAUUUGUACAUCACCUUCCCACUUCCUGCCCCCAAGAGCUCCCUAUAUCUAUCCCAUCCGUCUCCUCCAUUCACCUCCAACGCUUCACAGCUCAUUUCCCUUCUUUUCUUUCCCUCUUUCCCCACGAAACCCUAGAUUCAGAAACUUCUCUCUGAAAUCGAAACUUCGCAAGCAUACUUGAUCAAAACCCACAAAUCAAGCUAACACAAUCGAAGAUCGAACAAAAAAUAACUGCCAGAAUCUCCCCAUCGAUAUGACGAGUUGCGGAUUGACGAUGCCAGGAACUGACGCCGCUCUCUUCGGCGCCUCACCUUCCUCCACUAGAUUACCCGACCCGGUUCUCCGGGUCAGGCCUUCUCUGGGUCGCCCGUCAAUGGUGUCCUUCAGGACCAGAGUUCAGAGCCACCACCAUGAACGGAACCGCCUGUACGGCUGCGGCGGAAAUGAGCUUCUACGAUCUGCUGGGGAUACCAGAGUCAGUGAGCCUGAGAGAUAUUAAGAUGGGGUACAAGCAGCUGGCGAGAAAGUACCACCCGGACGUCUCGCUGCCCGAUCGGGUCGAGGAGUACACCCAGAGGUUCAUUCGGGUCCAGGAGGCUUACGAGACGCUGUCGGAUCCCCGGCAGAGGGCUCUCUACGAUCGCGAUAUGGCCAGAGGGCUUCACCUCGCCUUCUCCGCUAGGAGACGUUCUUCACACCAUGACGACGAGAUAAUUUUGUCUUCCAUUCUUUCUCCCCCCGUCUCCUGUUUUUCCAUCUCUGGUUUUGGGGAAUUUUGGGGUGAUUGGGAAUUGGGUGAACAUACUUCAUUUCUCUGUCAAGUCUCUUCGUUUGGUACCGAAUUUGGAAGUUUUAGAAUUCGUCUGUUAUUAAUUUACUUUUGGUACCAAUUCCCCUGUUCUGUCUACUCUUUCAACAGAAGGUCUAAAGACCUAUGCUUUUAGAUACCCUUUUGCUUAUUCUUGUUGAAUGUCCACAAAUUUCAAAGGAAUUUCGGCUGCUCCGAUUUGGGUUUUUGAUAUUCUGCAGGAAAUUGGUGAAAGAGGAGACUGGAGAAAUCAGUGACAGUCACUGGGAGAGCUUCGGGAGCCACUUGGAAGCGUAUGGAGCCGAUGAGGUCGGGUCGGACGCCUUUGGACUUGAUGUCGGAGAUAGUCUGGUGAUUGAACGAUGGAGUGGAUGGUGACGGUGAGGAUGAUGAGCAUUUGGAUUUGCCCAUUUUUAUAAUUUAUUAACUUUUAUUAAAUUAUUAAUAUGAUAAAUUAUAUAGACAAAAUAAGUGCAAUGAUGAGGUGGAAAGAAUUAUUUUUUUAAUUUUUUUUAAUUUCCACGUCAUCUAGUUAACGGUCAAACUUUAUAGUUGACUGCCACAUAGGACAAACUUAGCGGAGUGUAACGGCCGGUGACCAACCGUGAAACGAUUCGUAAAGUUAGUGGCAAGUAAGAAAGAAAAGUAAUUCGGGUGGCAAACAUGAAAGAUUUGUAUAAUUUGAGUGACCAAACGUGUAAUUUAGCCCUUUUUAUAUGUGGUUGUCUUUUGUUGUUGCUCCAUUUACUGUGUAUUACUUCAUGCAGUCUUGCUGAAUGUGACUUAUAAAAAAAAGAAUCGCGG